CCUCCGCAAUCCCGCUCCCGGGAGUAACUUGUCCCGGGACUCCCGAUCCGCGGUCAGGGAAGCGGUGCCGGGAACGGAGCGGCUCCCGCGCCCGCCCGUGUUCGCAGCGCCGGAGAGAUCGGACGUGCGGAGCUGCCAGCCAGCGACCGGAGAGACGGGAGCCGUGGUGGGCGUGCAACCAGUGUGUGCCGGUGUCUCACUGACUGCAGUGGCUGAGUGUGAAUGGCACCUCUGCUGGUGGACAGCAGCCACCUGUUGUGUUCAGAGCAGUGGGUCAAGCCGCGGAGCUGAGCGAGGAAUGUGCCCGUGAGGUCCCCGGAGAGCAGGAAGCCACGUACCGUUGGUGAGGAGGGAGAAGCCCACAGCUGGCAGUCCGGACCUCUGGCCUCAGUCACGUUGAGCUGCCUCCCCACCCAGCCGUGACCUGCAGAUAUGGACUGUGUUUCACCACAGGGCUCCCACACCUUGCUGCUCACUGCAACAUGCAGGUGCCGGAGAAGCAGGUCUGGGAUAGUGUGACCUACAUCGUGUUUGAGCUGGUGAUCGCGGUCCUGGCAGUGCUGGGGAAUGUACUGGUUUGCUGGGCCGUCUACCUGAACAGCAACCUGCAGAACAUCACCAACUUCUUCGUGGUGUCCCUGGCCGUGGCGGACAUCGCGGUCGGAGUCCUGGCCAUCCCCUUCGCCGUCACCGUCAGCACCGGGUUCUGCUCCCUCUUCUAUGGCUGCCUGUUCCUCGCCUGCUUCGUGGUGGUGCUGACCCAGAGCUCCAUCUUCAGCCUGCUGGCCAUUGCUGUCGAUCGCUACAUCUGCAUCAAAAUCCCACUCAGAGUGUUCUGGGGGCAGCCCGCAAGUGUCGCCACACUUCCGGCACCAACAUAGCAUGCCCACAACUUCCUAACCCGUACGUCUUUGGAAUGUGGGAGGAAACCGGAGCACCUGGAGGAAACCCACGCAGACACGGGGAGAACGUACAAACUCCUUGCAGACAGUGGCUGGAAUUGAACCCGGGUCACUGGCGCUGUAACAGCGUUACGCUAACCGCUGUGCUACUGAAGCAAGUUUGCACCUCAGUCGCUCAUUCUCAGCGAGUAAUGUGAAUGGAGGUCAGUGGGUGAAGCCAACAAAGGCCAGGCCAAUCCUGUUGGUGUGAUCGGGACACGUCUCACGCAAGAGCGAAGGUGCUGGAGAACGCAAACAUCUCUUGGAGAAAUGAAGGCAGAAUGCUAUGGACAGAAACAAAUACAAAAUUGCUUGCCUUCAGCGUAACCUGAUUCUCAACAGAACAACGCUUUUUGUUGUUGUUUCAUGAACCUGCAGCUCAGAACUCUCUGCAAGGGAUCGAGAUAAGUGCUGGCACAGAUGUGGCUGCUCGUGCCGUGGGCAACGUGAGGUUACCAGCUGGGGGCAGGGACAGAUGCACAGCAUCUGGUUUCAGUGGAGAGACCACUACAUUCUAUAAAGUUCACCACACAACCCUCUGAGGAUGUAGCAAGUUACUCGAGGGGCAGGAAGAGGGUGUGUGACGUGGGGUGAGACCCAACAAAAGCUGUUACAACAAGCGCAGUUGUGGCUCCGAGCUCAGUUUGGGCCUCCUCAUGGAAGGGAGCAGGUACUCACUGAUCACGUGAGAAGGUUCUGUCCCGUGAGGGGUCUGUCUAGUGAGGGUUCUGUCCAGUGAGGGUUCUGUCCAGUGAGGGGUCUGUCCCGUGAGUGUUCUGUCCAAUGAAGGGUCUGUCCCGUGAGGGGUCUGUCCCGUGGGGGGUCUGUCUGGUGAGGGGUCUGUCCUGUGAGGGGUCUGUCCAGUGAGAUGUCUGUCCAGUGAGGGUUCUGUCCAGUGAGGGGUCUGUCCAGUGAGGGGACUGUCCAGUGAGGAUUCUGUCCAGUUAGGGGUCUGUCCCAUGAGGGUCUGUCCUGCGAGGGGAUUCCCCAGUGAGGGGUCUGUCCUGUGAGGGUUCUGUCCAGUGAGGGAACUGUCCUGUGGAGGGGGUUCUCCAGUGACCAGAGCUCACUGGCUCAGCUCAGCACAGUAGGAGAGCAGAAACGGUUCAGGGACAUGCUCAGAGCCCCAGGAAGACCCCCACAAUCCCAGGCCGAUGGCCCACCAUCGCUCAGCGUGGAGAAGGAGCUUUGGGGAUGAAGCUGAGAGACUUGAGUCUGUGCCUCAGGAGCCCCCAGCGGCCCAGGACCACAGAGCGAAGGAGCCUUUGCUUCAAGUUAACCGUUCACGAACCUUGCGAGGGGUUCAGAGAAAGAUUUUGUGGGGGUAGUCUGAUGAAGGAACAGGCAGGAUGGAUGGGAUGGAAUCUCGGAAGUGUGCAAUGGGGAGUGGUGGAGUCUUCCUGUGCCCGGCCAGGAACCGUCACUGACCUCUGUGACUCUGAAUCCAGUUGCUCCCAGAAGUGCUGCCACCACACUGUGCCUUUCCCACCUUGUUCUGCAGUGAUCUAUCCACCAGAUACCUCACUGCUUCCCCCAUAGUGACCAGUAAUGAAGUCAGCCUCUGCGAUCUCCCAGUGCGCAGGGCGACCCACUCACCUGGCCUCUGACUGUGACCCCUUCCCCACUCCCUACUGAGUGGGACGAGAUCCAACAGCUCCCCCCUUCCUACUUCCUGCCAGCCUUUCCCACUUGCCGGGGCUCCCGUUCUCCAUGCCCUGGUCCAUUUGCCACACGUGGGACAAAGCUUCAGUGAUCCCUCCCUGCAGCACGGCCUUCCUUCCGAACAAAACUCAUCCAUCAAACUCACUCUGCAGAGAGCAUGGUCGUCUGUUGUCAUUACAUUUACAUGUAACCACAUGCCAUUCAUUUAUCAAUCCCAACCCAUGUAGCGGUGAGAUGGUUGAGGGGCCGUCCCACAGACGCAGCCCCUCAGUGCCCAGUAGUGACAGGACCCG